AUGUCAUCCCGCAAGGUCCGGGUCAAGAAGCUCAGCAUCAAGACCGCCCUCCCCGUCCUCAGAGAGGACCAAAUCAACCCUUCCGAGUACGAAGCUCUCGCUCCCGAUACUCAAAUUGCCACCGGUGUCGAGCAAGCUGAAGAAAAGGAAUAUCAUCUGCAGACCAUCCUCAAGGAUGCAGGUACUAGCAAUGAUCAGGAAAUUCCCGUCCCGCCUCCCCAGGAGAGCGACAUCAACUAUGAUAGCCUCUACCCGAGCCAUUUCCACCAACCCACCUCGUAUAUCAGGUUCUCCCAGACAGUAGAGGAGUGCAUCAGCUGUCAGUAUGACAUGUCCACCGAGGAUGUUGAAUUCCUCAAAGGUUACAACUCAAAGUUCCCCGCCGACAGUGCCCUCUCCGAAGACGACUUCGAGCGCAUCAUUGAAGUCUAUGAGGACACUGCCACCGAACAGACGCCCUUUGCCGCCGUUGAUAAUACUGUCGUCCCAUAUGAUGUCAUGGUCCCCGGUCUGUCCCACCUUGGCUCGCCCGCGCUCAUGCAGCAUGCCAAGGCCAUAUAUGAGUACUGGAAGUUGAAGCGUCAGGAGGCCGGCAACAGGCCCAUCCACCCCACCCUCAAGUUUGAGACCCACCAGGACACUGACGACACCGACCCGUACGUCUGUUUCCGCCGUCGUGAGGUGCGCCAGACGAGGAAGACGAGGGCUCGCGACAACAAGAUUGCCGACACCCUGAAGCGCCUCCGCAAGGAGCUCGAUGAGGGCCGUCAACUCGUCCUCUUGUCGGCCGAACGUGAGGUGGUAAAGAGAGAACUCCUUUAUGCGGAUAGGGCCGUAUUUGAGGAACGCGCUCGGCUCAAGUUGAUGAAGUCCAAGCUCGGUAUCAAGGGCGGUGACGAAGAUCUCAUCCACCAGAAGCCCCAAAAGCGCAAGGCGCCCGAAGCCCCAGCCGUCCAGAGGCCUGUCGGUCCUCACACGCGCAUGCCUGUGCGACCCGAUGGUCGGACCGCCGACCCGGAUCUUGUAUUGCUCUCCGAUAAGCGCUCCGAGAAGGAGAAUGAAUUCCGUGCCGACAUUGAGAUGAAGGUUCAGAAUCACCGCAAGUGGAACCAGAACCACAUCGAUCUCACCCGAGACCCCUUGUCGCCUGUCAAGGAAGAUGGCAUGGAGCUCAAGUUCCGACCGGCAAAGACGCAGUAUCUCAUGACGCCGCCUGCAUCCAGGACCUCGGAGGACAUGGACCUGGACCACCAGGAGCCUGUGGCCCCUGCACCUGAAACUGAAGCCGAGGCUGAGCCCAUGGAGGUUGACAAGCCGACGCUGCCCAUCUUCCACUUUAAAGCGGGCGGUGCCGGUAAUCCGGAUGUGCACCAGCCAGCCUUCCGCCGCCGUAUAGGCCGGUUGAACCGCCUCUGGAUCGACCGGAGAGGCUUGCGGACCCCACCGCGGGAGCGGGAGAGUAACGAAUACUGCGACCGCUGGGCAUACGACUCGGACUCCGACGACGAGGAGCCACCAGUGUAUGAGGUUGACCCGUUCGACACGCGUGCGCUCAAGUUCCGGGCCAUGAUUCCGCUCAACCUAUACAUGCUCCGGCGGCCGCAACCGCAUCCGGAUGCCGCCGUCAUGAUGCAAGGGAACAGGGUAUUGCCGCCGCCAGCAGCAGGAGGCCCACAGCCACAACCACAGCAACACCAAGGACCACCGCAGCCAGUACCCCCGACAGUAGCAGCGGCAGCAGCAGUAACGGCGGCGGCUGUGGCAGGCCACGCGCAACCAACACCUCCACAACCACUACCACCACGGGUGGCAGCGCAGGCACCAGCCAAGGCGACGUCAUGA